UGUUUAUCUAAUAAUUAUUAUCCAUGUUACAUUCAUCAAACAUCAGCUGAUACUUUACGGUAAUACGAAAAAAUGUAUAAAUGAUUUCAUGUUCUUGGCAACGGAUAUUUGGUAAUAAUUUUUAAGUUAUAAUUUCAUAAAUUUUUUUUGUUUGACACAAACAAAAGGAAUCAAUAUGUCAAAUUUGUUAGAUAUUAACGCAACUAUUCUACAAUUAUUGAAAAAAUGUUUGCCGUUGUUAUCGGCAAGCGAUACUCGCAGAGAUACGAAAAUAGCGACAUUAGACGGACUGUAUUUGUUAUGGACAAAUAAUAAACAAGAAAUUGAUUACUCGGCAACUGUGUAUGAAUUAGUAAUCAAUGUUUUUGUUAAUAAUGUUUUUUCCUCAUCAAAUUCUGUAACUAAAAAAGACAAAAAGGAAACAUUAUAUGAGUUUGAAAACACCGAAUUGGUCUAUCAGAUGUUUCAAGCUUUUCUCAAGCAUAAUGGGUUUCGGCCACGGAAAGCCCAACCAUUUUUAGAUAAAGACUUUGUCGACAGCACUAUACAGCGAUUAAAUAGUACAGUAACUGCUGAAAGGAUAGCAGUUCGAGACACAAUAAGAUACUUGCACGACACCUGUUCUUUUCUACGUUCAUACAUUUUUCAGUCAGCUAUUUGUGUGUUAGAGAGCUUUGCUUAUGGGAAAAUAAGAUAUCACAAUGGUAUUUCUGAAAUGCUGGACGUUCUUAAAUACUCUGUCAUUUACAGCUCUAUUGCAGAAACUGCAUUAAAUGAACUUUCGAAAAUUAUAAUUCAUCUUAUCAGUCACAAAUCCCUGGUGUUGUUCAAUAUUAAACUGGUGGAAUGUGUAGCUGCGAUUGACAAAAGUGGUAAAACAUUAAUACCGGAAAUUUUAAUUACUGUGUUGCGUCUUUGGCGAGAAAACAAAGAACUUUCUCUGGUAUACAUGCAGCUUGUGGAAAAGCUUUACACUUUGUGUGAUAAAGGUGAAUGGAUGGUAUUACAGCCUAGAUUAUUGUCACUCAUAACUGAUGUAAUGUUAGGGAAGGAAAACACCGCAUUGUCAAAUCAAGCUAUUAUGUUAUGGAAUCAAAUAUUUCCUAACAGAAAUCUUCCCGAUAAUUAA